AUGCCGGGUGCCCACGGAGAAGGCUGCGGCUGUAAGCCGGAGAGCGAAUUCAACUUGGGCGAGUUUCUGUUUGGCUACAUAGACGUUGACGGGGUUAGAGGAAUAAAUGAGCAGGAAACGGGCUCCGCGAAGCGAACAAUAAGGCCUUAUGAUGAAAGACUGAAUGAUUCUGUCUCUUGUAAAAGUGAGGAGGGAGACGCAGAACUAGUAACUAGUUUAGUAGUCAUAGGAGGGGAUAGAGGGAGGGCUCCUUCGAAAGUGAAGAUAUUUGCCAACAGAGACGACGUAGACUUUACCAAUGUGAGGGAUGUAGAGUGCAUUCAAGAAGUCGAGCUCACUACUGACUUCCACGGCGCUGUGGAGUAUCCUUUGAAGGUCACUAAACUUCAAAAUGCAUCUUCCAUUGUUUUGUACUUUCCGGAGAACUUCGGCGGCGACUGCACGGAAAUAUUUUACAUCGGUCUGAGGGGGGUCGGCUCAAAUUACCGCCGUGAAGCUGUACAGACUGUGUAUGAGGCUCGGGCCAACAUGAAAGAUCACAAACAGCCGGAAGGCGAAUUCCAAGCGCAAAUAGGACUCUAG